GGAGUGUGAAUACCAAGACUCAAGAUUCAUUUCCCGCUGAUGUCAUACGGCAGCGAGACGCCGCACGUUUGGAGCAGCUCGUCUGGCAGUGAGGUGUCUCCAUACGGACCACUUUGGGACGCGCCACCAGCGCCUGUACCUUACCCCGACAUCCUGGCUUUUCCACCCGCUGAUCUGGUAUGGUCGGCGGCAGGAUGUGGACGAGGCUCAUCUCGUUCGACCCCCGGCGGCAAAAAGCCAAGACGACGUGUAGCGUCCGUCGCUCAGCGUCGCGCUGCAAACAUCCGUGAACGUCGUCGCAUGUUCAAUUUGAACGAAGCCUUUGAUAAACUACGUCGUAAGGUGCCAACAUUUGCAUAUGAGAAACGGCUCUCGCGUAUCGAAACUUUGCGUUUAGCUAUCACAUAUAUUAGUUUUAUGUGUGAGCUGCUCCAUGGAUCUCCACAGCCUCACCAUCCUUCACAUUCUUCACUGCACCCACCACGGCAUAUUUUCGACGCUGAGGUACCUUGGUGCGCUUGAAUUUUUACUUAAGAUUUACAAAUCUAUUUACUAGCCAUUCUGUUGUGACCAGUAUUCAUUUA